UUUAAGGUGCUGGUGAAUCUGGCAAAAGCACAAUAGUUAAACAAAUGAAAAUUAUCCACGAGAGCGGGUUUACUCCGGAAGAUUUCAAACAGUAUCGGCCAGUUGUGUACAGCAACACAAUACAAUCAUUAGUUGCAAUACUUAGAGCAAUGCCAAACCUCAGUAUUCAGUAUAGCAAUAAUGAGCGAGAAAGCGACGCGAAAAUGGUGUUUGAUGUAUGUCAACGUAUGCAUGAUACGGAACCCUUUUCAGAGGAACUUCUAGCUGCUAUGAAAAGAUUGUGGCAAGAUUCUGGUGUUCAAGAAUGCUUCUCACGUAGCAACGAAUAUCAAUUAAAUGAUUCCGCUAAAUAGUAAGUGAUUUUAUUAUAACAUUU